CUCUUCAAUCAAACCCUAAUUCUAACAGAAAUCAAAAGGUUGAUUCUAGAGCCAUGUCCGGAGAUGGUUCUCUGGGCGAGAGAAGGCAAAGCGUUCAAGCUCCGUUCACCGCCAAUGGGAACGGCGUCGUUUCCGGCCACACAACCGACAGGCUGAGGGUGAACCCCAGCAGAGAUCACAAGCCGGACAGUUACGAGGACCUGCAGCAGCUGGAGUUUAGCCCCUUCCUCUUCAGCUCGCUCGAGCAGUAUCUGCCUCAGUCCAUGCUCCGUGCCUCCCGUGACUCCAAGCUCCAGUACAUGAAGAGUAUCUUGCUUCGGUACUCGCCUGAGGGCGAACGUAUUCGUGUUCAAAGGCAUAGAGAAUACAGGCAGAGGAUAAUAUCAAAUUAUCAGCCUCUACACCGGGAGCUAUAUACAAUGCAUGCUGAAAACUUCUUUGUACCUUCUUUUCUUAGAGCAAUUAGUGAAAAUACAGAGGAGAGUUUAAGAAGAAUGAUGACUGAACCGUCUCAGGGAGUGUAUAUAUUUGAGAUGCUUCAACCGCGUUUUUGUGAACUAUUGUUUUCUGAGGUGGAAAAUUUUGAAAGAUGGGUUCAUGACACUAAGUUCAGAAUCAUGCGGCCAAACACAAUGAACAAAUAUGGUGCUGUCCUUGAUGACUUCGGAAUGGAGUCCAUGCUUGAUAAGCUAAUGGAUGAGUUCAUACGACCUAUGUCUAGAGUUUUCUUCUCUGAUGUUGGUGGAUCAUCAUUGGACUCGCAUCAUGGUUUUGUUGUCGAAUAUGGAAUGGACAGGGAUGUUGAGCUUGGCUUCCAUGUAGAUGAUUCUGAAGUUACCUUGAAUGUUUGUUUGGGUAAGCAAUUUUCUGGAGGGGAAUUGUUUUUUCGAGGUGUCCGAUGUGAUAAACAUGUCAACUCAGAGACCCAACCAGAGGAAAGCUUCGAUUAUUCUCAUGUUCCUGGCCGUGCAGUUCUUCAUCGGGGUCGCCAUCGACAUGGUGCUAGAGCAACAACAUCAGGGAAUCGGAUUAACUUGAUUUUAUGGUGUAGAAGUUCGGGCUACAGAGAGCUGAAGAAAUACCAAAAAGAUUCUUGUUCUAACUGGUGUGGAGAGUGCUCACGUCAGAAGAAAGAAAGGCAGCGUCGGACGAUCACAGAAACCAAACUGGAAAUACUAAAGAGGAGUGGAAAAUCGACUGCUUGAUCUCGAUUCUGCAUGCAAGUUUUGCUUGCGAAAUUGUACAUUUACUAGAUCUCUCUCCCUCUUUCCCUGGCAAAACUUUUUUAUCCCUUCUUUUUGCUGCUUUGGGGUUUAGAAGUACAUUGGUCUAAUUUUCAAUUAUGGAGUGUACAUGAAGGUUGGCAGGUUUUGUAUGUCUCUACCACCGGUCCAUGUCCCUGUAAAAUAAGCAUUUUCAAGUAAAUGUAUUUCUGUCUUGCUUAUGAUCAGCCAACUACAACCAAUACCAACACAUCUUUCAUAUUUGAUUCCAUUUCUAUAAUGAUUCUUUUUAGUCUUGUUAUAA